AUGAACCUCGGGGCAGACCUGCUGUCCAGAGGUGUACCACUGUAUGCAGACUGGACUCUACAUCCAAUGGUUGUGAGUCAGCUGUGGGUGCGUUACGGCCGAGCCGCGGUGGAUCUGUUCGCAUCAAAAGAAAAUGCUCAUUGUCAGCUGUUAUUUUCAAUGCGCGAUCUAAACGCACCGUUAGGCGUGGACGCGCUCGCGCACGUUUGGCCUCCGGUCCUUCUGUACGCGUUCCCACCCCUGGCUCUGAUACCCCCAACUCUGGCCAGAGUGAGAGAACAGCGCCACACACUGAUCCUGAUAGCUCCGCACUGGCCUGCAAUGUACUGGCUGGCGGAGAUUUAUCAGCUGCUGUGCGGACAGCCGUGGCAGCUCCCCCUACGCAGGGACAUACUGUCUCAGGCGGGGGGGACGAUAUUUCACCCACACCCGGAGCGCCUGGCCCUAUGGGCCUGGCCCGUGAGUGAGAUCCUGAGUGGAGGCGUGUAUGUUGACAAGAACAAGUUCCUGUGUCAUGCGGACACAAUCCAUUGGCAGGACAUUGUAAAAAACCCUCGGAUGCAUGCUGUGGUGGUGCCCACCAACAGUAGUGUCUCAUGUCAAAAGUGCAAUCGUUCCUGUAAUGGUCGUUGCUGGGGACCCAAGGAGGAUCAGUGUCAGAGCUUAACUAAGACAGUGUGUGCUGAGCAGUGCGAUGGCCGUUGCUUCGGUCCCUAUGUUAGUGACUGCUGCCAUCGUGAGUGUGCGGGGGGCUGCUAUGGACCAAAAGACACCGACUGCUUUGCCUGCACCAACUUCAAUGACAGUGGGGCGUGUGUGACCCAGUGCCCACAGCCCUUUGUCUACAACCCCACCACCUUCCAGCUGGAGUACAACCCCAGAGCAAAGUACACCUAUGGAGCCUUCUGUGUCAAGAAGUGUCCUCAUAACUUUGUGGUGGACCAUAGCUCCUGUGUGAGAGCGUGCCCCAGUAACAAGAUGGAGGUGGAGGAGAACCGCAUUAAGAUGUGCAUUGCUUGUACCGACAUCUGCCCGAAAGCAUGUGAUGGCAUUGGUACAGCCAGUCUACAGACGGCUCAAACAGUUGACUCCAGCAACAUCGACCAGUUUGUGAACUGCACCAAAAUCAACGGCAACCUGGUGUUCCUCAUCACUGGGAUCAAAGGGGAUGUGUAUCACAACAUUGAAGCUUUGGACCCAGAAAAACUAAAUGUAUUCCGCACCGUACGGGAGAUCACCGGCUAUCUCAACAUCCAGUCUUGGCCUGACAACAUGACAGACCUGAGUGUCUUCUCCAACCUGGCAACUAUUGGGGGAAGAGCGCUAUACAGUGGGAUCUCCCUGCUGGUGUUGAAGCAGCAGGGCAUCACGUCUCUGCAGCUGCAGUCCCUGAGAGAGAUCAGCGCUGGGAAUGUCCACAUCGCAGAGAACAGCCAGCUUUGCUACUACAGCACCGUCAACUGGACCAGGCUGUUCCGUGCUGAAAACCAGAAGGUUUUGAUCCGCAACAACCAAAGCCCACAGAAGUGCUCUAAGGAGCGCAUGGUGUGUAACCCGCUGUGUUCUGACGCCGGCUGUUGGGGUCCUGGCCCAGAUCAGUGCCUCGCCUGCAGAUUCUUCAGCCGUGGACGAACCUGUGUGAAAAACUGCAACCUUUAUGAAGGGGAUAUCCGAGAGUAUGCCAACGGGUCAGUGUGUGUGGAGUGUGACGCCCAGUGUGAGCAAGCUGACGAUGACUCUUUGACCUGCAACGGUCCG